CGUCAGAUCAACGGAUCGCAUUAUACACCGUGACUGAGUCUGGAGAGCAGUAAAUACCGCUGAAAAAUAAGCUAUCUUGGAGCGUACUGUUUGAACAACUGUCCAUCAAUAUUCGCAAUAGGUUUAUCAUUUAAAUUCGAUAAGAAGCGGUUUGCCAAUCGAAAUUAGUAACUGAAACUAUCUGGUUGAUGGUCAAAAAAAUGUGGUGGCUUUUAAAGUUGAUUGGUUUUUUGGUGUUAUUUGAUUUGGGGCAUGGGCAAAAUUACGCCGGUUGUGAUUACACAUACAGUUACAGCAGCUACUCAGUGGGCUACAUCCAAUCACCCAAGUGGAGUAACUUCUACGCCCCUGGAACGAACUGCCGGUUCACGAUUCAGGCUCCACCGAGACACUAUCUCUAUGCUCAGUGCUAUGAUAUGUAUCUGCCUGCGACCUACGGGUGCUACUACGACAAGCUGUUAGUGUCUUUGACCGGAGAUUCCACCCUAAGUGGAUCUCAAAUUUACUGUGGAUCGACUCCGUUCGACGUCGCUUCAAAUGGAAAUAAACUGGUGGUAGCACUUCAGACGUCUCAAUCCAUGAAUGGGGGUGGACGCUUCCGAUGUCAAAUCACUGCCAUUCCGGUAAAGUGCAACUGUGGUAGUCGAAAGACGCCACUGAUAGUGGGAGGGCAACGCACUCAAGCAAAUGAGUUUCCAAUGAUGUCUGCUAUUAUCGACUUAUCAUCCAAGUCACUUGUGUGUGGAGCUACAGUCAUUACCAAUCGGCAUGGUCUAACGGCUGCGCACUGUAUCGUUGGAAGAUCGAUCACCAACAGUGCACUGCUAGUAGGAGAUCAGAACAUGAAUUCCGGCUCAGAUACUCCUUAUGCCAAACUGAUGAGGAUUUCAACCUUCACUGUUCACGGUCAGUACAGCGCCAGUACUAAGACUAAUGACAUUGCCUUAGUUCGGACGGUGGAUGAAAUCAUCUUCGAUGCUGGAGUCAGUCGAGCUUGCCUCCCAUACAUCUACGCUGGAGCGACAUUCAACAACGUCUACCUAGAAGCCCUCGGAUGGGGAACGUUGGACUUUGGUGGUCCUCAGGCAACAGAGCUUCAGAAGGCAAGCCUCCAAGUAAUGAAUCUAACAACCUGUCGCAGUCAACUGUCGGGUAUGAAUUCGGUUCAAGACAGCCAAAUCUGUACUUAUACUCCCGGAAAGGACAGUUGCCAAUAUGAUUCCGGUGGUCCAUUGCUUUACACUGACCCAUCCGGCGGAACCGUCUACGCCAUCGGCGUCAUCAAUUAUGGCAUCACGUGCGCUUCCAAGUACCCCAGCGUGAGUGCCCGGGUCGCUUCCUAUCUCAGCUGGAUCGAAACCAACACCGGGUACGACUUCUGCGAGAAAGUGUAAUAAAAAUGCACAUUCUACACAGCCGAGAAACGAAAAUAAAAAAAACACAAGAAAUAAAACACGACAACGGAAAUAAAAAGCAUUUGCUGUGUUAAAAGUGCUUUUAAAAAUAA